CAAAAAUUUAUUUAUGUCGUCUCUACGUGCUAUUAUUUGCCCAUCAAUAUUGAAUACUGACCUUGCUGAACUUGCUAAUGAGCUGAUUUUUUACAUUUGGAUGUAAUGGAUGGUCAUUUUGUGCCGAAUUUAACGUUUGGACAUCCAUUAAUUGAGUGUUUGAGGAAGCAAUUGGGACCUAAUCCUUUUUUUGAUGUCCAUCUAAUGGUUUCUAAUCCAGAACAAUGGCUAAUUCCUAUGCACAAAGCAGGAAUUAAUCAAUUUACUUUUCAUCUCGAAGCUCCAAGUUUUAUUGGAGAAGACGACAAAGUGUUUUCUUUAAUUAAUAAAAUUAAAUCUUUGGGUUUAAAAUGUGGAAUGGCUAUUAAACCAAAAACUGAGGUUAAAGAUAUGCUGAAAUUUGCAAAGGAAAUUGAUACAGCUUUGAUAAUGACAGUUGAACCGGGUUUUGGUGGACAAAGCUUUAUGAGUGACCAACUUGAAAAAGUUAGAAUAAUUAGAAAAGAAUAUCCUUCUUUAAAUAUUCAAGUAGAUGGAGGGGUUGGAAUUGAAAAUAUUGAAGAAUGUGCUAAUUUAAUUGUUUCUGGUACUGGAAUUAUUCGUUCACCAAAUCCUUGUGAAACAAUAAAAAUAUUGAGAGAGUCGGUACAAAGAGUUUUGGAUAAAUAA